UUAUUAUUCAUACAUUUUGAUGGAAUAUAACUAAUAUGUUUAUUUUCUCUAAACCAUAGUUUCGUAAGUAUAAGCCACACCUUUGAUUUACCUACCCUAUCUUCUUUACUGAUGAAGCUGAAACUACUUUGUGAUGCCUGUUGUCCCAGAUCUUUCUGUUAAUUGCCUAACAACAAACCAGUUUAGAAACAUCAACUGGAAUCAAUUUGCAUUUGAAAAUUAGAUCAGCACAAAGACUUGAUAUUGUGGAAUGACUAGCAAACAAGCAAUGUCAUCUAACGAACAAGAAAGGCUCUUGUGUUAUAAUGGGGAAGUCCUUGUUUUCCAGUUGUCUAAAGGAAAUUUUGCAGAUAAAGAGCCUACAAAAACACCCAUAUUACAUGUCAGAAGAAUGAUAUUUGACAGAGGAACAAAAGUAUUUGUUCAGAAGUCCACUGGAUUUUUUACCAUAAAGGAAGAAAACUCUCAUUUAAAAAUCAUGUGUUGCAACUGUGUGUCAGAUUUCAGAACUGGAAUUAAUCUCCCUUACAUUGUGAUAGAAAAAAAUAAAAAGAAUAAUGUUUUUGAAUAUUUUUUACUAAUCCUUCACAGUACCAAUAAAUUUGAAAUGCGUUUGAGUUUUACACUAGGCUAUGAGAUGAAGGAUGGCCUAAGGGUCCUUAAUGGCCCUUUAAUUUUAUGGAGGCAUAUCAAAGCAUUCUUCUUUAUCUCUUCUCAAACUGGCAAAGUUGUUAGUGUGUCAGGUAACUUUUCCUCUAUUCAGUGGGCAGGGGAGAUUGAAAAUUUAGGUAUGGUUUUAUUGGGACUAAAGGAAUGUUGUUUAUCUGAGGAAGAAUGUACUCAAGAGCCUUCAAAAUCAGAUUAUGCAAUUUGGAAUACCAAAUUUUGUGUAUAUUCUCUUGAAAGUCAAGAAGUAUUAAGUGAUAUAUACAUUAUUCCUCCUGCUUACAGCAGUGUGGUGACUUGUGUACAUAUUUGUGCAACUGAGAUCAUCAACAACCAGUUAAGAAUAUCUCUCAUUGCCCUUACUCGAAAGAAUCAGCUGAUUUCAUUUCAGAAUGGAACUCCUAAAAGUGUGUGCCAGCUUCCAUUUGGAGAUCCUUGUGCAGUUCAGCUUAUGGAUUCAGGUGGAGGAAACCUCUUUUUCGUUGUAUCCUUUAUAUCCAGUAAUGCUUGUGCUGUAUGGAAAGAGAACUUUCAGGUUGCUGCUAAAUGGGAAAAACUUAGCUUAGUACUGAUAGAUGACUUUAUUGGAAGUGGAACUGAACAAGUACUCCUGCUUUUUAAGGACUCCUUGAACUCAGAUUGCCUGACUUCAUUUAAAAUAACAGAUCUUGGAAAAAUAAAUUAUUCAAGUGAACCAUCGUAUUGCAAUGAAGAUGACUUAUUUGAAGACAAACAAGAGAAUCGUUACCUGGUGGUUCCACCUCUAGAAACAGGACUGAAAGUUUGUUUUUCUUCUUUUCGGGAAUUAAGGGAGCAUCUCUUGCUUAAGGAAAAAAUUAUUUCAAAAUCUUACAAAGCUUUAAUAAACCUGGUUCAAGGAAAAGAUGAUAAUACAUCAAGUGCAGAGGAGGUAAAAGAAUGUCUUGUUCCUCUUUGUGGUGAAGAAGAAAAUUCUGUCCAUAUCUUAGAUGAAAAGUUAUCAGACAAUUUUCAAGAUUCAGAACAGCUAGUAGAGAAGAUAUGGUACCGUGUAAUGGAUGAUAGCUUGGUUGUUGGAGUGAAAACUACGUCUUCUUUGAAGCUGUCCCUGAAUGAUGUGACUUUAUCAUUGUUAAUGGAUCAAGCCCAUGACUCCAGAUUUCGGCUUCUUAAGUGUCAAAAUAGAGUGAUUAAGUUGAGUACAAAUCCUUUCCCAGCACCAUACUUGAUGCCAUGUGAAAUAGGAUUGGAAGCAAAAAGGGUCAAGUUGACCCCUGAUAGCAAGAAAGAGGAAAGCUUUGUUUGUGAACACCCAUCUAAGAAAGAGUGUGUACAGAUAAUUACUGCUGUAACAUCUCUUUCACCACUUUUAGCAUUCAGUAAAUUUUGUUGCACUGUACUGCUACAAAUUAUGGAGAGAGAAAGUGGUAACUGUCCUAAAGAUCGUUAUGUUGUGUGUGGCAGAGUUUUUUUAAGUCUAGAAGAUCUUUCCACUGGGAAGUACCUACUGACAUUUCCAAGGAAGAAACCUAUAGAGCACAUGGAAGAUCUUUUUGCACUUCUUGCAGCAUUCCACAAAUCUUGUUUUCAAAUCACAUCACCCGGCUAUGCCCUGAAUUCAAUGAAGGUGUGGCUCUUAGAACAUAUGAAAUGUGAAAUAAUCAAAGAAUUUCCAGAAGUGUACUUUUGUGAAAGGCCGGGAAGUUUCUAUGGGACACUCUUCACUUGGAAACAGAGAACACCAUUUGAAGGGAUUUUAAUAAUCUAUUCCAGGAAUCAAACAGUUAUGUUCCAGUGCCUUCAUAAUCUCAUCAGAAUUCUCCCUAUAAACUGUUUCCUCAAAAAUCUAAAAUCAGGAAGUGAGAAUUUCCUAAUUGAUAAUGUGGCAUUUACUUUGGAGAAGGAACUAGUCACCCUUAGUUCUCUUUCUUCUGCCAUAGCUAAACAUGAAAGCAAUUUUAUGCUGAGGUGUGAAGUGAGCAAAGGAAAGAGUAGUGUCGUCGCGGCUGCUUUAUCAGACAGAAGGGAAAAUAUCCAUCCUUACAGAAAAGAACUUCAGAGAGAAAAGAAGAAAAUGUUGCAAACGAACCUAAAAAUCACAUGUUGUGGGGAAAGCCAGCCAACCUGCCAUGAGGACACUCAAGCAGCCCUAGGAAGAGUCCUACCUUGCAAAGAUCCUGCUAACCGCCAGCAAGGAAUUGAGAACUCCAACUGCCAGCUUUUGGACUGGAAUCAACACCACCAGCUCUCCUGGUUCUCAGAUCUUCAGACUUGGACUGGAACUAUAUCAUUGGCUCUCCUGGAUCUCCAGCUUGCUGACUGCAGAUCUUGGGACUACUCAGCUUCGAUAAUCAUCCACGUUGGAAACCCCAGUCAAGCCUUCAGAUGACUAAAGCCUGAACUGACAUCUCGAUUGCCAAUGUGCAAGAGAUGCUGAGCCAGAACUCCCAGCUAAGCUACUUCUAAAUUCCUGACCCACAGAAAGUAUGU